CAGAAUGGCCUUCGAUAGAUAAAAAGUAGUGAGCCAAUUAUUACUUAUUAAGGUUUUAAUAAAAAUUUUGUUUUUCUCAUAAUUAUUGUCAUUGGCACUUUUUAGGCGAAUUGUUUUAUCCGUACAAUUUUUCUAAUUUUUGCAGAAAAUAUGGCUAUCAAAAGGGCCUUCGAUUGCGAAAAACUAGUAAACCAACAAUAACUUCUUAGGGUUUUACAGUAAAGUAAAGUUUUAAAUGUCCGUUGUGAAGAGAUGUCCGUUAUUCGGAGGUGUAAUUUUUUUAUUUGCUCAAAAUAUUAUGGUGUUUGUUCGUUUAUUGACGAAUUAUUUUUCCGCCAAUUAUUUCGUAUUUUUUGUACAAACUGUUACGAAUCCAGUUUUCCAGGCACAACAUAUCAAAAAAUGGCCGCACAGCUUCCUCGCUACUUAACCAAAACCUUGUUUAUCUUCCUCAUCGCCACUCUCGUCGUGGCAAACGCCCGUCCGAACCACUUUGGGGACGCGUCUCAGGUGGUUGGCGAGCCGGCAGACGGCAACAACUUGUUGGAUUCGCGCCUGAAGCCCUGGGAGCUGGAGAUGCUGGUGCAGCGGCUGUCCGAGAUCUCCAGCCAAACGGGCGGCGACUUCGCCUGGGACAAGUCCAUCCGGCUGCCGGAAGCCAAGCGCCAGAGCCGCUACCGCCAAUGCUACUUCAACCCAAUCAGCUGCUUCCGGAAAUGAACGACUCCGCACACAACACUUGCGUUUUUGGAAAUCUCGCUGUAUUAUGUACAAUAUACAUGUUUUGAAUGUUAAAUUGCAUAUUUUUGAUCUCGAUUCAACCAACCGUAGCACGUAGACUGAAUAAAGACGUUGAAAAA